UUGAACCAAAUUCUACUCAUUAUGAUGUGAUUUAAAUAAAAGUUCCACGAUUUUUUUUAUCAAAUAUUGACUUUCCAUCAUUAAUUUUAUUGAGGCGUCCCUGAUUAAGCUACAAUUUAUGCAACCCAUUUUUAUUGAAGUGAUUUUAUUGCAAAAAAAAAUUACAACUUGUUUUCAAAUUUUGUAUUUACACUACUAAUUUUAUUGAGUUAUAGCUAGCGGUUGGCGGAGAAUACCAGAGCAAUCAUGCAUUGAUCCUUCCUGACGUCUUCGGUUGAGUAGCAAGAGCAACUUUUUAAGUACUUAGUAUGAACCCAAAAGAUGGAAUCAGGAAAAUUUCCUAGUGGACAAGUUGUAGCAGUUAAGAGGCUAUCAAGAAGUUCAGGACAAGGUGGACAAGAAUUCAAAAAUGAAGUUCUAGUGGUGGCAAAGCUUCAACACAGGAAUUUAGUGAGACUAGUUGGAUUUUGCUUAGAGGGAGAUGAAAAAAUACUUGUCUAUGAAUAUGUCACUAACCAAAGCCUAGACUACUUUUUAUUUGAUCCCGAACGACAGAGGAUACUUAACUGGUCAACACGAUACAAGAUUAUUGGAGGAAUAGCACGUGGAUUACUUUACCUUCAUGAAGAUUCUCGACUAAGAAUUAUACAUCGUGAUCUCAAAGCAAGCAAUAUAUUAUUAGAUGCAGAAAUGAACCCAAAAAUAUCAGAUUUUGGCAUGGCAAAAAUUUUUGGAGUAGAUCAAAGCCAAGGAAAUACUAGCAGGGUAGUUGGGACAUAGUAAGUUUUAUAUGGUUUACCCUUUUUUUCUCCCCUUUGGCCAUGGAUAAUAUUUCAUUAUUUGUCAAUAC